CGCCUCGAGCAACGAUCACAACGACGCCGAGACGCUUUGUGACCUCAAAAGCAUGUACUUGAGCGACUACAUCGAGGUGUCUGCUGCGCAGGAGGCUUCUCGACCCGAGGCCACCUCAACUGUUCCGCAACAGUCUAGCCAACCGUCCCAACCAUCUAGCCUGUGGCGUCACAUGCUGAAACGUCUGUCCAGUCGUCGUCGCCGCGAGAGCCAAGACAUUACAACCGUCACUCCACCCAUGGCCUUCCCAGACGUUCACACCGACCUGAGCAUGUGCUAUGCCGCCCAGCAUGAGCUAGAAAACAGUCUCAAUGUUAGCGGUGUUAGCUCCAAUGUGCCAGUGGACGUGUACGCCGAGUCUCCCAACCCUCACCGGAAGCCUUCAAUCAUUCGUGAUGGUCCAGGCAUGCAGGCAAACGGUCGCUUCUCGCGUCGCUUCAGCGACUGUCCGUCGGAGGACUCUUUGCCGCGAGAAGAUGUGGUUUACAGUGUCACCUCGCGUCGGCGCCUGUCCAUGGUGCCCAAUCAGAUGGUGGCCUUGAACCGCCUGCAACUUGAAGAUGCACCCACACCAUCCAAGAUGCAAUCCCCGGGGUUGGGCAUUGGCAAAGCCUUGCGCACCUUGGGUCAAGACAGUCCUAAUCCGCUGUACGAGGAGCCACGUGAUCGCAUUCCACAGCAGCCGCUCUAUGCCCCCACCAGCGGAGUCAAUUUCGCUCACAUGGAUGACGAUGUUUUGGCUGACCUCGUGGCGGAAGGCGAUAUCGUGGAAUUGCAUCCGGAUGUUCAGGAUACAAGCGAUUUUAGCGUUGCCAUUACAGAUUUGGAUAGCUUGGUAGUGGAUGAGAACAGCCGUACAGGUCUGGCCCCUCACUUUCGUCGUCUUCUGGCGGAGAAGCACAUGGCCACGCCCCCGCAAGGUCAACGCCGAGGCACACCACUUGGGGAGCUGCAAUCCAGUCCCCUCAUGUAGGCGACCAUUCAGUGCUCGGUUUCGGAGCUGGACUGGCAGAGAGAAAAGAAAGAUGUAGUACUUGAAGAAAGCUUGAUUGUGUUACCCAUGAUUUUGUUUGUGCGUAUGCAUGUGUGUGCUCUUCCUUCGUGGCUUGUGGAUGACCGGGCGUUGAGGGAAGAGAAUGGCCUUUCAGUUUCCGAACAACUUUGUGUCACAAACUUGGCUCAUCAAAUUUAGCCAAGUCUUAUUUAUGAUUCUCAACGCAUAAUUGAUAUUUCAACUUUUC